GCCCCGUUCGGCGUGCGCUGCGUGGUGACGUCAGCGGCGGCGUGCCCCUGUGCCUGAGCCGAGGAGACCCCGCAGCGAGCUGCCAACGCCCGGCGGAGACUCUGAGGUGCUCACUGGAGUUGAUAUUCUAGUAGACUUCAGCUAUGCAGACGAUCAAGUGUGUAGUUGUGGGUGAUGGUGCUGUUGGUAAAACCUGUCUCUUAAUUUCUUAUACAACAAAUAAAUUCCCAUCGGAAUAUGUACCAACGGUUUUCGAUAACUAUGCUGUAACAGUGAUGAUUGGAGGAGAGCCUUACACCCUAGGCCUCUUUGAUACUGCAGGUCAGGAAGACUAUGAUAGAUUACGACCCCUCAGCUAUCCACAGACAGAUGUAUUUCUGGUCUGUUUUUCAGUGGUGUCUCCUUCUUCAUUUGAAAAUGUGAAAGAAAAGUGGGUACCUGAAAUUACUCACCACUGUCCAAAGACUCCUUUCCUGCUUGUUGGGACCCAAAUUGAUCUAAGAGAUGAUCCCUCAACAAUUGAGAAACUUGCCAAGAACAAGCAGAAGCCCAUAACUCCAGAGACGGCUGAAAAACUGGCCCGGGACCUGAAGGCUGUCAAAUAUGUGGAAUGCUCUGCACUUACGCAGAAAGGCCUAAAGAAUGUAUUUGACGAAGCGAUAUUGGCUGCCCUGGAGCCUCCGGAGCCGAAGAAGACUCGCAGGUGUGUGCUGCUAUGAACGUCCCUCCACAGCCCCUUCUGCAAAGCUGGUGUUCGAUGUCAUACUAAAAGCAAUGUUUAAAUCAAACUAAAGAUACAAAUUUUAAAAUUUGUUUUUGCAAUAAUGACAAAUGCCCUGCACUCCCAUCUCCCCCACACGAUCCCUGUGUGAGAUGAGAAUGUUAGUGUUUAUUCCCCAGUGCCCCCUCAAUUCAGUUAAACUAGUUAAUUUUGAGUAAUUAUGUAUUAUCAGAAAACACUGAUCAGUACUAGUUUUUUAUUUUGUUUACCGUUUCUAAUUUUUUUUGUUUAAAAUCCAGGCAUGCUUGUGAUGACUUUUUCUGUAACAGACUAAUUCUAGGCUGUUUUACUGAAGCCUUGUCCCUUUAUGCCAGUCUGGCAAGACUUGGUUCUGGUUUCAAGAACUUCUGGGGCUGUUCUGCAGCCAACCGGCAGCCUGGGUGUGAGCAGACUUUAGUACUCAAGAUAAAUACAGGAAAGUAAAAUGUCCCAAGCUGGUGCUCCUCUAAGGAGGAGUGUAGAAAAUGUAUCUGCAUCUCCUCUGAAGUUGCCUUGUAUCUCUUCCCCUGGCUUUCCACUGUGCAGGUCAUAAAUUUCUACCCCAUCCUCUAAGUUAUGAAGCCUUAGGAAUAGGAGAAUCCUUUUCUCGAUGCACCAUCAGACUUGAAACUAGCUUGCCAGUCUCUUUCUUAAUCUUUGACAUCAUAAGCUUUUGUCACGUGAUGAAGAAAUAACUGCACCUUUUUAAGCAUGCCCAACUGAUUCAGUUGGCUUUUAACAAAUCCAUCUUCUGCCAAUCCUUAACUAUUAGCAAAACGCUUACAAUGACCAGCAUGUACACUGCUGUUUGGACAUUCUGAAAGGACCUGGUGUAUGUUAAGACAAGUCUUGGAGCUGGCCCUGGUGGUGCAUCUCUUCCUGGAUGGCUUGGCAUCCUUCAGGGAGGGGUGGAAAGAUAAACCUGUGUCAGUAGGAAGGAACUGCAGGGAGGGGUUUCUAGUGUUUAGUGUGGCACCAUAUAGGGACCAGUUAAGGGAAUCCCCUUUUUCUGCAUUUUGCUUGUACGUAACCUUGAACCUGUAAGAUGGGCUCCAGCCCGCUGAGGAUUGUGUGCAGGGUCUUUACGUAGACUGACUGCAGUGUUGUAGGGAUUUUACCAAAAAUAUAUUUUGGCUUGCAAAUUCAAAGUUUUUUAAGACUUAGGGAAUCUUCUCCAUCAUCCAAAAUUCCAAUUUCUUGUAGACUCAUUAGUGUUGAACCAAUGCUUUUUCAUGUCUAAGUUCUUUGUAUAUGCAUUCUUUUCAGAUGUAUUAAACAAAGUAUCUUCACAA